AUGCCUCGGAAUCGGGCCUUCUCAGAGCCAGAGUACUCUGCGGAGUACUCGGCAGACUGCUCAGUCACGUUACCGUCUGACCCGGGCCAGAGUGUUGGACGUACCCAUGAGGUCACGGUGCGCAACUCAGGCUGCUGUUUGUGUCUCCCUCGCUUUAUGCGUCUUACAUUCGCCCCGGACUCGUUGGAGAACCUGUACCAGACCUAUUUCCGCCGGCAGAGACACGAAACUCUGUUGGUACUGGUAGUGUUUGCGGCUCUCUUUGACUGCUACGUGAUUGUAAUGUGCACCGUGGUCUAUACAAGCGAUAAGCUGGCAUCUGUGGUAGUAGCAUGCGUAGCCCUGGCUAUAGACAUCGUUCUCUACCUGCUGUGCCGCUACGGUUUGCUGCCUGAGCGCAUCUCUCGACGACUGGUUCCUUACGCCCUGUGGGUGCUCAUAGAUGCUCAGAUCUUCUGUUACCUGGGACUGAACUUUGCACGCUUCCACCAGGCAAGUGACACGGUGGGCUGGCAGGCCUUCUUUAGCUUCUCCUUCUUCUUGACACUGCCGCUGCGGCUGACGCCCAUCGUGCUCAUCACUGCUGUGUCAUGUGGGGUGCACACGUUGGCGUUGGGGGUCACCAUCGCACAGCAGCAGCAGGAAGAUAUACAGGGAGCAGCUCUUGGGAGACAGCUUCUGGCCAACAUCCUGAUCUACCUGUGUGCAAUAACAGUGGGGCUUAUGUCUUAUUACAUGGCUGACCGCAAACACCGCAAGGCCUUUUUGGAGGCCAGACAGUCGCUGGAGGUGAAGCUCAAUUUAGAGGAACAGAGCCAGCAGCAGGAACGACUCUUGCUGUCCAUUCUGCCAAAGCACAUAGCAGAUGAGAUGCUCCAAGACAUGAAAAAAGAGGCCAGUCAAAAAGAGAUGCAGCAGUUCAACACUAUGUACAUGUAUCGGCAUGAGAAUGUCAGUAUUCUGUUUGCAGACAUUGUGGGAUUUACCCAGCUUUCCUCUUUCUGUAGUGCACAGGAGCUAGUUAAACUGCUCAAUGAGCUGUUUGCCCGCUUUGACAAACUGGCUGCCAAAUACCACCAGUUGAGGAUUAAGAUCCUUGGGGACUGCUACUAUUGUAUCUGUGGCCUUCCAGAUUACAGAGAUGACCAUGCAGCCUCCUCGAUAAUGAUGGGUUUAGCAAUGGUGGAAGCUAUUUCCUAUGUUCGAGAGAAGACACAGACAGACGUAGACAUGCGUGUCGGGGUGCAUUCUGGGACAGUUCUUGGUGGUGUUCUCGGACAGAAGCGCUGGCAGUACGAUGUAUGGUCUACAGACGUAACGGUGGCGAACAAAAUGGAAGCUGGAGGAAUACCGGGGCGGGUGCACAUUUCACAGAGCACACUGGAGUGUCUGCAUGGAGAAUUCGAUGUGGAGCCGGGGAAUGGAGGUGACCGCUGUGAAUAUCUAAAAGAGAGAGGCAUUGAGACCUACUUGGUUGUUGUUUCCAAAGCUCCUUUGAGCAAGAAUGGAAUUAAUGGAGUUAAGCUGUCAGUAACCUCAUCUAAUGGAAAUUCUCCACUGUUAAUCAACACGACUGAGUGUAACGGCAGUGUGCACACAGGCUGCACCACACCGGAGGAGCCAGAGGAGCUGGACACACGGGUGGUAAACCCCUCGUUCCCUAACCCCCGACGCCGCUUACGUCUGCGAGACCUGGCUGAAAGGGUUAUCGAUGCUCAGGAAAACGAGCAAGAGCUAAAUAAACUUCUGAAUGAGGCACUGCUGGAGAGAGAGACGGUGCAGGCACUAAAGGGGAAGUACACUAACCGUCUUUCACUGCGCUUCGUGGACCCUGACCUGGAGACACGUUUCUCAGUGGAAAAAGAGAAGCAGAGUGGAGCUGCAUUCAGCUGCUCGUGUGUAGUGCUGCUCUUUACUGCGGCCAUUGAGGCACUUAUAGACCCUCUGUUGAUAGCUAACUACGUGACACUGGCUGUAGGGGAAAUUUUGCUGCUCAUUCUCACCAUCUGCUCCUUGGCAGCCAUUUUUUCACGGGUAUUUCCUAAGAGACUGGUGUCAUUCUCGACAUGGAUUGAUCACACACGCUGGGCUCGCAACACAUGGGCCAUGGCUGCAAUUUUCAUUCUCACACUAGCGGAUAUAGUAGACAUGGUGGAGAAACUGGCUCGCACUCUGUUUCUGUGGAAAAUUGAGGUGCAUGAGCAGAAAGAGAAGGUGUAUGAGAUGAGGCGCUGGAACGAAGCUCUGGUCACUAACAUGCUCCCUGAGCAUGUUGCACGCCAUUUUCUAGGCUCCAAAAAGAGGGAUGAGCUUCUGGAUGAGCCUCAGUUUCGCUGUAUUACUAAGAUAAAGACUAUUGGCAGCACUUACAUGGCAGCAUCAGGAGUCACUCCCGACACCAAUGCUAAUGGCUAUGCUUGCAUGAAGAAGGAGGAACUAUCUGAUAGGGAGCGGUGGCAGCACCUGGCUGAUCUGGCAGAUUUUGCCCUGGCAAUGAAGGUUACUCUCAUGAACAUCAAUUACCAGUCCUUCAACAACUUCAUGCUUCGCAUUGGGUUAAACAAGGGCGCUGUAUUAGCUGGCGUCAUAGGGGCUCGGAAGCCUCAUUUUGACAUCUGGGGAAACACUGUUAAUGUGGCCAGCCGCAUGGAGUCUACAGGAGUGAUGGGAAACAUUCAGGUGGUGGAAGAUUGCUAUAACAUCCUGAAGGACUAUGGAUUCCGUUUUGUAAGAAGAGGACCGAUUUAUGUCAAGGGAAAGGGAGAGUUGCUCACCUACUUUUUAAAAGGACGAGAGAAACAGGGUUCCUUCAUUAACGGCUCUUCUGUCACACUGCCUCACCAGGUGGUGGAUAGCUCCUGACUGAAAAUAUCCCAAACACACACACACGGAAGGCCAGCACAAUAACCCCCAACCCACACAUGUAAUAUGUAAAUAAUGAUAAUGGGAAUUCCAUCCAUUUGUAAAGUGAAAUCAGCUUGUUUUAAUUGUUUAUAAGUAGGAUUCAUGCAGAGUACUUUGGGAAGCAAGGCUCCAUUGUAAAGAAAUGAACCAAAAUCAUUCCAGUUUUUUGAUAGAAGCAGGGGUCACACUUAACUGGCUUUUUUACAAACAAAUUAAGCAUGUAGUGUCAACACCAAUGUUAAGUUUGGGUUUGCUUUUGUCAGAGUAUAGUCACUGGUGCUCUCUUUUGUAGGAGGUUUGAUUCCUGACCUCUGACAUUCUCUGUCCAUAAGAGGUUUACCACCAUGGCAGUAUUAUGACUGGAAAAAGCGGUUAGCUCAAUUUUGACCGACUUUAUCACUCAUGCAUUGUACUACAGAAACCUUUCAGCGUUGCCAGAAAGCAGGAUGAAAAAUAAACAGCUUUAAAAAUAAACAAUCACUGGAAAAUAAUUACUUUAACAAAACCAAAAUCUUACUUUUUUUUUUUUAAUGAAUUUUCUCCCUUUUUUCUCCCCCUUUAGCGCGUCCGAUUGCCCAAUUGCAUCAUGCUUCCUCUCCUCCUAUGCCGAUCCCCGCUCUGACCGAGGAGGUCGAAGCUAACCCACGCCCCCUCCGACACGUGGGCAGCAAGCCGCAUGCAUCUUAUCACCCACACAUUGACGAGUGUUGCGCCACCUAGCGUUGUGUAUGGAGAGACACACCCUAAGAGCACUCUUUCUUCAUCUCUGUGUAGGCGCCUCUAAUCAGCCAGCAGAGGUCGUAAUUGCACCAGAGAGAGACCCAUAUCCGGCUUAGUCCCGCCCAUCUGAACAACAGGCCAAUCGUUGUUCAUGUGGCCGCUCAGCCUCAGCCGGCAAGGCAGAGCUGAGAUUUGAUACGAUGUAUUCGAGAUCCCAGCUCUGGUUGCAGCGUGCGUUUUUACCGCUGCGCCACCUGAGCGGCUUCAAAACCAAAAUCUUACUUGAAAGAAGUUGUUUUUGUCAGAAAAUGCGGUUAACAGUGAAAGUAAGUCUGGUGUUUGGCACCUAAAUAUUUUCAUAAAUUUUGUCACUGCAGCUAACCAGAUAGACCCAGAAUAAAAUACUUUUUACUGUGCAGACAAAAGUGUGACUGGAAAUGAGGUAUUCUAAAAGUAAUUCAAUGUCUUAAAAA